AAUUUGAUACGAUGGCUCGCACUAAGCAGACUGCCCGUAAGUCCACUGGUGGCAAGGCUCCCCGUAAGCAGCUCGCCUCCAAGGCCGCUCGCAAGGCCGCCCCCUCUACCGGAGGUGUCAAGAAGCCUCACCGCUACAAGCCCGGUACCGUCGCUCUGCGUGAGAUCCGUCGCUACCAGAAGUCCACUGAGCUGCUCAUCCGCAAGCUCCCCUUCCAGCGUCUGGUCCGUGAGAUCGCCCAGGACUUCAAGUCCGACCUGCGCUUCCAGUCCUCCGCCAUCGGUGCUCUCCAGGAGUCCGUUGAGGCCUACCUCGUCUCCCUGUUCGAGGACACCAACCUGUGCGCCAUCCACGCCAAGCGUGUCACCAUCCAGUCCAAGGACAUCCAGCUGGCCCGCCGCCUCCGUGGCGAGCGCUCUUAAAUGCCUUCUCUCAUACA